AUGCCAAGUACAAUGGAGGCUCUAUAUAUGCUCUUGAUUAGUGGUGAAUUGACUAUAGGAAUUGGGGGAAAUGGAUUCAUUGUAGUGGUUAGCUGCACUGGCUGGCUCAAAAAGAGAGAUAUCUCCUUGAAUGACAUCAUCCUGGUCAGCUUGGCCACCUCCAGAAUCUAUUUGCUGUGUGUGAUAUUGAAUAGCUUUAUUAUGAUACUCUUUCCAGAUACACAUGCCCGUGGUGAGCUAAUGAGCAUUUUGGAUAUUUUCUGGGCAAUUUGCAAUCAUUCAAGUGUCUGGUUUACUUCCUGCCUCAGCGUCUUCUAUUUACUCAAGAUAGCCGAUAUAUCUCACCCGUUUUUCCUCUGGCUGAAGCUAAAGGUGAACAGGGUCAUCCUUGGGAUUCCUGGUUCCUUUCUCAUCUCCUUAAUUAUCAGUGUUUCAGCAAAUAGAUUCCUGGAUGACUUCAGGGUCAAUAAUGAAGAAAAUAUAACUUGGGAAUUCAAAGUAAGUAAAAUCCCAAAUGCUUUCAAACAGAUUAUCCUGAACCUGGGGGCUACAAUUCCCUUUAUUCUUUGCUUGAUCUCAUUUGCCCUUUUACUUUUCUCCCUAAUUGGACACACCAAGUAGAUGAAACUUCAUGCCACAGGAUCCAGAGACCCUAGCACAGAGGCCCAGAGGGCCAUAAAGGCAAUAAUCCUCUUUCUGGUCCUUUUCAUCAUGUACUAUCCUGUUUUUCUCAUAGUAACUUCUAGCUUUCUGAUUCCUCAUGGAAAAUUAGUGGUGAUGUUUGGUGGCCUAAUAGCUGUCAUUUUCCUAUCAAGCCAUUCAUUCAUUCUGACAGCAGGGAACAGCAAGCUGAGGGAGGCUUUUCUGAAGGUGCUGGGGAUUGUGAAGGGUUUCCACAAAAGGAAACAUUUUGUUCUGUAA